AAAAGUUUUUACACGCGACCUGGUUUUUCAAAGAUCUCCUAGAAAAGCUGUUUUAGAAAACACUUCUGAAAAAGUUUCUGCUUAUGAAAACAUGCCCCCAAGUCUCCGCAUUCUUAUGGCGAAAGCCGGAGCUCUCUAACUGGCUUCUAUCAAAAGUUAUUAAAAAAACAACGGAGUCCAUUCUAUUUUGGUACAGACAGUAGUGAUUUGGAAAAACCGCAGACCUCUGCGUCAAAGCUCAAAAUUAUUUUGAAUGGAUAAUUAAUGAUUGUUAUUCCUUUUCACCGUAUUUAAGCUCAAAUAAAACUUCCCCAAAAAAACGUCUAAGAGUACACGAAAGGAACGACUUUUUGCCGCUGGCAAGAUCUUAGGAGACUUAUUGCUUUUCACUUUCUGCCUGGCAACAUUGGUCUUUCUUUGAACACCAGGUUUAAUGUUACUUAGGGGAACACCAGCUUUUAUCUUAUCGUGUUUUUAGGAUGGACAUCCGCUAAGCGAAUACCAUGUAGCCGUUAUUGCGAACUGACUUGCAUCUUUCGUUUCAACCACUGAAAAAGUACCAGGCUAUUUUAACUGAUUCGCAGUAUUUUCCUGGAAGUAGUGACGUGGUUAUAUGAUACUCCAGAUAAUUUUGAAAUUGUCGCUAUGCAUUGUAAUAGUCCUAACGAAAUUCGUUCUUUAUUGUUUAUCUUUUUAUUUUAGCUUUGUGACAUUUAUCGUUUACAACCUGAAACAUAUUAUUUAGCAGUUGAUUAUAUUGAUAGAUACUUACGUACUGCAGAAGAUUUACCCAAAACAAAAUUACAGUUACUUGCUAUUACAAGCUUAUUAAAUGCUGCCAAACUACACGAAGUUGAUCACCCCAAAUCUUUUGACUUUGGUGAUGUUGGUUUUGCUAUUUAUUCAACAGUUGACUUUUAUGAAAUGGGGAAAUGGAGUUAA